GAACCCUUAAAUAAAAAAAAUUCAAAAAGAGAAGAGAGCCAAAAAAUUAAAAAAGAAAAAGAAAAACCCAAACAAUAAUAAAAAAAACCCCAAAACCAAAUCUCUCUCCCCCCGGUCAGAUCGGGCUCCCUCUGUAUGAAACCCAUCGCGCCGCAGAGAAUUUCUAUUCUUUGUUUCUCUCAACGUUUCAAUUCUCAAUUUUUAAAAUUUUUCCCCAUUUUAUCAAUUUGAUUUUUAUCUUCCAUUUUUGCAUCGUUUUCGUUCCCAAUUUCUGCGAUCUGGGAAAUCCCUUGUGAUAUUGGGGUUGUGGUUGUUUGAUUUGGAUUCGUUGAAACGGUGAUGACAAUUUGUACGUUGAGCUUUUGAAUCUGUAGAUUUUUUUUUUUUCCUUCGAGAUCGUUCGCGGUUCUCUAAUGGCGUCGGCUCAGGUGCUGCCAAACUCCGCUGCUUCGUCGCGAAAGCAAGAGCAUCUGGAAGCUGGCAAGCGCCGGCUGGAGGAGUUUCGUAAAAAAAAAGCUGCGGAGCUGGCCAAGAAGGCUGGAUCCUCUAGCCAUGUUCACAAUUCUGAUGCUAGCUUCAAUAAAAAACAACCUUCUGAAGUUGAAAAUGUACGCGUUAAUGAGUCGGAUGCAGUUACUGCAUCUGAUGGUGUUGGGGGAGUACUUACUGACGCAUCAACUUUGGGGAAUAGUGACAAGACCCUGAAUUUGUUUAGCCAAAGUAAUCAAGGGUCUUUGGCCAGUAGAACAAGUCUUGCAAGGAAUGAUCUUAGUACAUCAUCUACUACUCUGGUGGAAGCACAUUCCAAUAGUGAUGAAGCUAAGAGAUAUAAUUCUUCUGCUGCUACUGUAUCUGCAGACUUUAGUCAAAACAAUGAGACACAUAAGGUGAAUGACAUACAUGGAAUUCAUGCUGUUGGUAUUGGUGGAUAUGGGACAACAAAACACCAAAGCAUUCCUUUUCAUGCACAAGUAAGUCAAGACUUUGAUAGCUAUAAUACUAGUCAAUCUAGUAUUCAUGGAAGGAAUGACAGCCAGUCAAACAAGAGUAGCAGUUCUGUGAAGGAUUAUGCGGUUGCUGAUAAUUUCUCUUCAUAUUUUCCCUCAAAAAUCUUACCUCAGAACUCUGUUGAUGCACUGCAGCAAAUCAAGCCAACAAAUUCUAGCUCUUUAGAUGGUGGCUAUUCACAUAGUUCGCUAACUGGAGGUUUCUCUGAUUCUUUGAGUUCCAAGUUUAGAGAGACCAUUACAGGCUAUGAUAAUGAUUUGCCUAGUCUUCAUGGUGCAACAAUACCAAAAUAUGAUUCCAUAGGUUAUGAGGCACGAAAUUCCUCAAACCAUACACCAAUACACUCAUUGUCAAUGGAAUCUAGUUCUAGGAGGUCACGUCCAUCUUUUCUUGAUUCUCUUAAUGUCACCAGACCUCCUUUAGGCCCUCCAUUUAAUCAGCCUGAGCUAGGCUCUUCUAUGUCCAAUCAUUUACAGUCAAGCAGCAAUGAUAUAUCAGGAUCUACAUAUUUCCGUAAGCCAUCGGAAGAGACUAAAACUGUGCCACUUUUCUCUAAUGUUACAACUACAAAUGUUCAUAGUCCACUUGAGACCACUUCAGUUGUUAAUGAUAGCAAUCAAGACGCACUGAUGAUAAGUGCUAAUGAAAAUGGCAUGGAGAAGAAGCAUCAUUAUUACUCACCACAAAAUGAAGACUUUGCUGCUUUAGAACAGCAUAUUGAAGAUCUAACACAAGAAAAGUUUUCUCUGCAACGCGCUCUUGAGGCUUCUCAAGCAUUAGCAGAGUCACUAGCUACUGAAAAUUCAACUCUGACUGAUAAUUAUAAUCAACAGAGAAGUGUUGUCAACCAAUUAAAAUCAGACAUGGAGAUGUUACAGGAAGAUAUCAAAGCGCAACUGGUUGAGCUUGAGUCUAUCAGGAAUGAAUAUACAAAUGCACGACUAGAGUGUAAUGCAGCUGAUGAGCGUGCCAAGUUAUUGGCAUCUGAAGUUAUUGGUUUAGAAGAGAAGGCACUCAGACUAAGAUCUAGCGAGCUAAAGCUUGAGAAGCAGUUGGAAAAUGCACAAGCAGAAAUUUCUUCAAACAGAAAGAAAAUGUCUAGCCUAGACAAAGAGCGCCAUGAUUUGCAGUCGACCAUUGACGCUCUUCAAGAAGAAAAGAAGAUGUUGCUGUCUAAGCUGCGAAAGGCUUCAGGAAUUGCAAAGUCUAUUGAGAGACAAACUAGUAAAAUAGAUGUUUCUACGUCUACAGAGGAUUUAGCAAACGAAGAUCCUGCUUCCAACUCUUCCAACCCAGAAAUCAAUGAUAAUGCUGCUGAGGCCUCUAGUUUGUCCUCCGUUCCUGAAACCGGAAACUUAUCUUUUGGAGUUUCUCCUUUGAAUAUUCCUCAUGAUCAGAUGAGAGUGAUUGAGAACAUUAAUGCACUUAUUUCUGAGCUGGCAUUGGAGAAAGAAGAAUUGAUAAGAACCUUGGCAUCUGAAUCAUCUGAAUGUUCCAGGAUGAAGGAGAUAAACAAGGAGUUGUCCCGAAAACUUGAGGUCCAGACACAAAGAUUAGAGCUUUUGACUGCUCAGAGUAUGGUUAAUGAAAAUAUUUCUGCAAAACCACCAGAUUCUCAUGUUAUGUAUGAGAACACCCCAUAUGCAGAUGAGGGUGACGAGGUUGUCGAAAGGGUGUUGGGAUGGAUUAUGAAGCUGUUUCCUGGUGGACCUUCAAGACGGAGAACCAGCAAACUUCUUUGAUUGGAUUUAUGUUGGACAUGUAAUUGUUAUAACCAAAGUCUUCACCAGGUAUUGGGAUGGAUUAUGAAGCUGUUUCCCUGUGCCACCAAGGUAAAAAAAGAAUCACCACAUUCCAACCCCAUAUCCAUGGGUAACAUGUCAACGGUUGAGUUACUUUUUGUUCUUGUGACCUCCUCAAGACAGUGGGGGGCCGAUAUCUGUAUAUUUUGAGUGAAUUAUACAACAAAUUCUUGAAAGUUGAGUCGAAAUGACCUCUUCAGAGCUGCUUGUUGAUUGGUGGGUCCUACUGCAAUUAUUUUGGAAGAUGGCAAUAAAAUUUGUUCGUCUUGAUUGAUUUGCAAAUUUUGCACAAAUUGUAGUUGGAUAAGAGACACUACCAAGAAGUCUAGUGGGACAGAAGAGACCAAUUGUUAAAGAAAAGCAUGAGAUGUGGGAAUAUUUGUUGACUGUAUGUGCUAGGUAGAAGUGCAAAUUGAUAUAUAAUUAGUGUGUAUUUUUCUGCACUUCACAUCACAUAAACUUUAUAUUUUCGUAGUAUAUAAAGUGAAAACAGCACUUGCCAGUUAUUUGAAUGGAAAGACUGUUUAACAUGUUGGUGC